AUGGUUCAAGGUUGUAGAAGUGUUGAAGAAUUUGAGAGGCUUAACAAGAUUGGUGAAGGUACAUAUGGAGUUGUUUACAAAGCUAGAGAAAAAAAGACGGGAGAAAUUGUUGCGUUAAAAAAGUUAAAGAUAUCGAAAAAAGAUGAAGAAGAAGGAUUUCCUUUAACAUUUAUAAGGGAAAUAAACAUUCUUCUCACUUGUCGUCACCCUUCAAUUGUAUAUGUUAAAGAAGUCGUCGUAGGGGCUACGACGACCAAACACAAUAACGACGUUUUUUAUAUUGUGAUGGAAUACUUGGAAAACGACUUGCAAGUGUUAAUAGAAAAAAUGACACGUCGAUUCAGUCAAAGGGAAGUCAAAUCUCUUAUGGUCCAACUUUUAGAAGGUGUUAAAUACCUUCAUGAUAAUUGGAUUAUUCAUCGUGAUCUAAAAACUUCGAAUUUACUUAUAAAUGACAAAGGUGAGUUGAAAAUUGCUGAUUUCGGAUUAGCACGACGUAUUCAAAGUGGUCAUCCCUUGAAACCUUAUACUCAUGAGGUUGUUACUUUGUGGUACAGAUCGCCCGAUCUAUUAAUAGGUAUGAAAAAAUACUCCAAUGCAAUCGAUAUGUGGUCUAUAGGUUGUAUCAUGGCUGAAUUACUAACAAAUAAACCGAUUUUCGAUGGAAAAUCGGAGAUUGAUCAAAUUAAUAAGAUAUUUGAAAUUCUUGGAACCCCAGAUGAGAAAAUAUGGCCAGGAUUUACCAAACUUUGUGGAUUAAACAAAGUUAAAUUUGUAAACAAAAAGCAUAAUUAUUCAUUAAGGAAGAGAUUUCCCUCAAUAUCCUUCACUGAUACUGUAUUAUCUAAUUCUGGAUUUGAUCUUUUGAACAGAUUUCUCACUUAUGAUCCAAAUAAAAGGAUUACUGCCGAAGCUGCUUUGAAACAUGCAUGGUUUCCAUUUUUCAGGAUUUUAUUUUUUGUGCAGAAAAUUGCUUUGAAAUUAGAGGUGCAUGAUAACAAAGGGAAACAAAAGGCUAUGAAAGCUGUCUCCACCCUCUCAGGAAUUGAAACUCUAUCAAUUGAUCUAAAAGAGAAGAAAUUAACAGUUAUAGGAGAUGUUGAUCUAGUUCAAGUUGUGGGGAAAUUGAAGAAAAUAUUAUUGCAUCCAGAAAUAUUAGUAGGACCAACAAAAGAGCCAGAAAAAAAAGAAGAUGGAUGA